AUGAAGCUCCACUGCGUGAUUCUGGGCGCUCUGCUUCUCCUGCUGCUGGUGGGCUGUGGCGGUGCACUCAAGACCCCCGCCAUCGACCUGCGCACCUUCAUCGGCUGCGCUGUGCGCGCGUUCCCCUUCCUGGGCCAGAAACCCGGCUGCACAGGGCCGGCGUUGGACGCGUGCGGGGGACGCUGCGAGACCUGGGAGAAGCCAGUGCUGGAACCACCUUACAUCGAGUCUUACCACCGUGUUUGCACCUACAAUGAGACCAAGAUGAUGACGGUGAAGCUGCCCAAGUGUGCCCCCAACGUGGAUCCCUUCUACACCUACCCGGUGGCCAUCCGCUGCGACUGCGACAUCUGCUCCACUGCAACGACCGAAUGCGAGACUGCCUGA